AUGGCUUACGUCACGACCAUGCUUCCCCCAGCCGUCAACGUCCCGCAGUCUCCGCGCCCAGUAACUACGCCAGCCGACGAGUAUGCCAGGCUCACGCGUAGGCAGCGACGUGACGCCAGAGAGAAGAAGCGAAUCCAGAAGGCUGCGCGUGCCGCCAGGGACGAGCUGCACAGGGCCCGACAGGUCGUCAAGGACGCGCAAGAAGUAGCUAGAGCUGCGAGGGUACAUGCCUCCCGAUACUCCUACAUUCCGGCCCCCAAGAAUACCAGAGCUAUCUCUUCAUCUCCGCGUACGGUCAAGACCAAGAAAGCCAAGAGCAAGUCUGGGGGUUCCGUCCAUUCGGAUCCUAUGGAUGUGGAUGAGACUUGGUCCUGGAUCAAGGAGAGCUCGUCAGUGGCCUCCUAG